GCAGAGCGAGCGCGAGCGGCAGCUGGAACGUUCGGCAUCGUUACCGGGGGAACCGAGCUCGCGGGAGCCAAUCCCCCUCCUCCUUCCCCCCUCUCUCUUUUUUUCUCCGUCCCUUCCCGCCCCUGUUACCCCCCACCCCAACCGCCAUCUUCACCCGCACCAACCGCCACCGGGCCCAGCGCGGUCAUGGAGUGAAAAGCCCGGCCGCUGCCAGUAGCAGAAAGAGAAGGAGCCCGAGUGCGGGGGGCCUCCGGGAAGUCGCUCUUGAACCCAAAGCCAGGCCGCCAGCAGCAGCGGCAGCGGCAGCGGCGGCGGCGGGGGGUGGUGAGAGAAGAACCGGCGAUGAAGCGGCGCCCUCGGCGGAUUUAAUCGGGGUGAAGAUUCGGCCUGGCUUAGGCGGAGCUGCAGACAUCGGUCGGAGCUCCGAACCCCGCCGUGAUUUAUUAAUUACUGAGCAAAUUUUCGUUUCUUUUUUUUAAAAAAACAAUAAAUAAAAAAAAAUAAUAAUCGUGUUUUAAUUCCGCGGCUGAGGAAGGAGGUGUAUUAUUUUCUUCCCCUUUUACCGAGAUGUUGGCCGGGGCCAAGGACAAUCCGUGCCGCAAAUUCCAGGCUAAUAUCUUCAACAAGAGCAAAUGUCAGAAUUGCUUCAAACCCCGGGAGGUGCACUUACUGACGGACGAGGACUUGAACCAGGCUAAACCUAUCUACGGAGGCUGGUUGUGUUUGGCACCUGAAGGCACAGAUUUUGAAAAUCCAAUGCAGAGAUCUAGGAAAUGGCAGCGCAGAUUCUUUGUGUUAUAUGAACAUGGCUGUCUACGUUAUGCCUUGGAUGAAUCACCAAGUACCCUGCCACAAGGCACAGUUAACAUGAACCAAUGCACAGAUGUCAUUGAUGCUGAACCCAAGACUGGUCAGAAGAAUGCGCUCUGUAUUAUAACCCCUGAACGCGAAUUCUUCAUUCGUGGAGAAUCCAAAGAAAUAAUUAAUGGAUGGUUUGAGCAACUGAUGAUAUAUCCCAGAACCAAUAAGCAAAAUCAGAAGAAGAAAAGGAAAGUGGAACCUACAACUGCCCAGGAACCUGGGCCAGCCAAAGUGGCAGUGACAGGUUCAGGGAUCCCUGAUCCAGAGAAGAUCCCAGAUUCACGGUCUAGCCUGUGGCAGGAGGAGCUUCACGGUAGAGAUGUAGAGGCAACUCAAAGUUGGCCUCUUCCUGAUGGUGGUUCUCAAGGAGGAUUGUUUUCUCUGAGAGAGGGUGAUGUCCAUCCCCUUGAUGUUGUUUCUGAUCAUAGUUCUGUUAAUGGAGAUGAGGUGGACAGAGGAAGGAUGCUGCCUCUUGACCAGCAGAAGCAAGAGAUGCGUGUCCUUUCACCUGCCAGCAGUUCUUCCAGCAGGCAUGGUAUGGAGCCUGGUGGCAUUCCUCGUUGCCCAUCACCAGUGUACAGCGAUCCUUUUCCAUCUGCUAGCAGCCUGCUAUCCAAUGGAUCGCAUAUCAGCGGGUCAAUGAGCUCUUUGGAUUCGGAAGCAAGUGGAAGCACAGUAACAAGCACAGACAGUCACCAUGCUGAAGCUAUGACCAACAGGGCUGACCGUCCACGAGCUAAUAGAGAAUUUUAUGAAGCUGAACUCAGAAAAGUGGGAAAACGGACACGAAUCAGAAGCCCAGAGAGAAGCGAAGCAGAGCAAGCGGUUGGACAAGAAGGAAGGCGCUCCACUGUAAUAGAGAAAUUUGAAGCUCUGGAGCUGGAUGCUGAUCAAAUGGAGGCUGAUGAGAGCACUCACGGUGAUUCACGGCCAGGGAGAAGUGAAACUAGACGAGUUCAACGGAGAGAGGGAAUGAAAAAGGAAUCUAUCAGAGAGCAGCGUUUUCAUUCUUCUGCUGUACCUCCUCUUCGGCGCGCAAAAUCCCUUGACAGAAGAACCACUGAAUCCAUAAUGACGCCGGAUCUCCUGAAUUUUAAGAAAGGAUGGAUGGUAAAACUUGAUGAAAUGGGCCAGUGGAAGAAAUAUUGGUUUGUACUGACUGACCAUAGCCUGCGUUACUACAAGGACUCAAUUGCUGAGGAUGCAUCAGAUCUGGAUGGUGAAAUUGAUCUAUCUACUUGCUACAAUGUAACUGAAUAUCAGGUCCAGCGCAACUAUGGCUUCCAAAUCCAUACCCAGGAAGCUUUGUUUACCCUUUCUGCAAUGACUGCUGGCAUCCGACGCAAUUGGAUGCAGGCAUUGAUGAAAAAUAUCCGUCCUUCAACAGCACCGGAUGUUGCCAGUUUGCCAGAAGAACAAUGUGCUGUGAUGCUCCCAGAUACAACUCCACGUUAUGAUAGCAAAUCAGACUCUCCAUCCUCUGAAACUUCUUCUGUGGAUAAAGAAACAGGGCAGAGAAAAAGCCGAGCACGUGAAAGGAGGAGAGAGGGCAGGUCAAAAACUUUUGAUUGGGCAGAAUUCAGGCCAAUAGCACAAGCCUUAGCACAAGAGAGAGCAGCAAAGGCAGAUUUAUGUGACAGCCAUUUGGAGAGAUUUGGUUCACCUCCUUCAGACCUGAAUGAUUGGGAACGGACUAAACGGCGCGAGGAACGGAGAAAAAGAUACGAGGCUGUGACUGGAACAGUCGGCUCAAGUUCAGCUGAUGCAAACAGAAUGGAAUUUGAACCAUCAAGUUCCUCGCCAUUGCUGGAUCGAAGGCAAAAGGUGCAUGAUGAGAUUGAAGAGCACUGGCAACAGGUAGAAAGGACACCCAUCAGGGAAGAACGGCGGAUUCCUCUGGCAACAGUGCUACCAAGUUCACAAACAUCACAGAUGGACAAGCUUCUGGAGACCCAUACAAAAGAGCUUGAGGAAUUGAAAACCCAGUUGGAGCACUGCCAGCAGGAAUUGAUAGACACACAGAAAUACAGGGCAGAGCUCGAAGCUCAGCUGAAGGCUAGUAUGGAACGUGAGCAGCAAAUUCGUUCUGGGUACAUCUCCCAGCUGGAGCCACCUUUGGCAAGUUCAAAUGCCUGGCAACAGCUACAGAAGUUGAACCAGGAUCUACAAGCUGAGCUGGAAGUUCAACAGCAGAAACAGGAGGGGGUCAAUGCACAAGCUCAGAGCCUAAAAAAGAGCUAUCAGGAUGCCAAGGAGCUCCUGAGACAACAGGAGACAAAAAUGCAAAACCUCCAGGCUAAACUGGACAUUUCUUUAUCGGAGGUAGCCAUUAAUGAACAAUCUUUAUCCAAAACCCAAAAUGAUUUACACCUUGAGCGUCAAAAGUAUAAGGAGCAAGCGGAUGAGUAUGAGAGAAAACUAAGUAUGUUUAGCAACAAGUUGCGAGAGAGUGAAGAGAAGCUUAGAGAAGUAGAGGGACUUCUUCUUGAAAAGACACAAGCUUUUAGAGAUCUAGAAAGACAAGUUGCUCUUCAGGAUGACUAUCAGCGAGAAGUGAAGCGGCUGCAAGAGCAUCUGGAAGAAACCAGCAAUCGGCUGCGGAACAGUGAACAAGGGGUUAUUUUGAGUGAAGAACGUUUUCAGAAACAGUAUGAAAGCCUGAAAGAGAAAUAUGAAAAAGAAAAGGAGAUCCUGUCGCACAGUGUACAAGAAGCUGAAGAGAAGGUUAGAGAAUAUGAAGAUCGCUUGCAGACCCUAGAAGCUCAGUUAGAGAGAGCUCAAAAAGAAAAACUGGCCAUCUCUUUCAAAAGCAGUGAAAUGGUGAGGCAAAUGGAAGAGCAUGUUGAGAAAAGUGAGGGGACAGUGAAGAAACUGACCCAUGACAUAGAUAUCUUGUCAGCUGAGAACAAACAAUUGAAUCAACGUUAUCAGGAAAUAGUUAAUCAGUUGACGGAAGCUGAUAGAGAAGUUGAAGGGCUGAAGUUAGAAUUGAUGAAAGAGCGGGACGGAUAUCAAGACCUGAAUGAAGAUUUUGAAAAAGCUAUUCAAGAGAUGAAUAGAUUAAAAAAUGAAGUGGAAGAAGCCAAUUUUAAAUUUGUGUCAGUGAAGGAAUCCUAUGAGAGAGAACUUGAAAAGAAAAAUAAGGACUUCAAUGAGGCUUUAAUCAAGCUAGAAGCUUUAGGUACCAGCUUAGAGGAGACAGAGAAGAAGCUUCAGCUUAAGGAGGCUACACUUAAAGGCCUUGGUUGGCAGGUGCCAACAGACAUUGAUAUGCUUAUAGAGAAAAAAGAACUUCAAAUCAAGUUAGAAGAUGCUGAAGCCAGAUUAGCUGAACAGGAGAUGAAGCUGCAGACAACUGAAAACAAUUAUAAAGAACUUCUUUCCCAAAACAGCAAACUCCAAUCAGAUCUGGAAAUUUCAGGAAAAAACAAUGGACAUGUAGCAAGAAAAACCCUCUUAAGUUGUUCAGCAGUUGAAAAUAUUCUUCAUUCCACAACUAGUUGGUCUGAACCAGAGGAGGGCCAGAGCUCAUUGAGUUUUGUUGCACAGCUUUCUAAAGAAUUAAUGGCGAGGCUUCAGCUUUUGGACAGCCAAUUAGCAACGCUGACUGGUUCAGUAGCACACACAUGUGCAGAAAGUCGGUUUUCAGGACUGCCGUCCUCUGUGAAUACUGAAAGUUCAUAUGGCAUAACAGUUGCAGAUAGUUACUUUACAGAUCUGAAAAAUUGCCUGGCAAUUGUGUGCACACUUGAAACUAAACUAUUGAUAGUAGAGCAAAACAUUAAAGGGGAAACUGUUUGUUCUUUAGGUAUACCUGCAAGUCUGCAAUGUGAUGCCAAAAGCCUUGGAAGACUACUAGAGCCUGGAGUUCAUUUAAAAGAGCAGGGAAAAGUAAACCAGCCAUUAACCUGUUCUCUUUCAGAGCAGCUUGCCAGUUCAAAUAUCAAACAUAAGAUACUAGUGCAGGCUACCAACUCUGAAUUCCAAGUAUUGCAAACUAAACUGCUUCAGUUGCAUCAUGUUUUAGAAGGUAUACAGCAGAAAACUGGUCAACUUGCUCAAGGAUGGGACAUGGAACAACAUAGACAAGUAUCUGAAUUAGUACACGCACUAGGAAAUUCUGUACAAUACUUGCAACACAUGGAAGAAGACCUAGCCAGAAGAAAUAGAGCAUUUUUUGGUGAAGAAAUUUUAGUGAAAGACUUUUUAACAGAGGAGGAAAAGCUAAAACAUUUAGUUGACAAACUUGCACUCGAAGCAGCAGCACUUAGCAAUAUUGCUGAUGCUUUGCAGAAUUCUGACUCUGGUGUAAAAAGUACUUUAGAUGAAAUUAGGAAACAUAGUGAAAGCAUUGUCAUACCUUUGGUUUCAUUGGAAGAAGUCAAUACUCAAAUAGGACAUUAUGUUCUCAACAAAUUAUUAAUUGAAGGAGAAUUUUGGGCAAAUUUGCCUAUGAUUAAUGAAAGCAAGACUCCAGAUGUUGAAGAGCAAUUGAAUGAACCCAUGAAAAGUUAUCUGAAUAUGAUGGCAAAUAGUACUUUAAUAAAAGGUGAAAUGAUGUUCUGGGCCCAUAAUAUUUUGGAGGUUUCGGAAGAAAAACUGCAGCAGUUGAAAGCCCAAUAUAUGAAAAAGCAUCACAGAAACCAAAACCUUGAACAGAUGCUCAGGAAUGUUAUAGCUGCUUAUGGUACUUGCAGGUUUGGUGGGCUGAUCGAGGAAAUUCGUAGUGAACUGAAUAAUGACGAAGAAGGUGAAUCAUUUCUCUUAUGUUCUCAAUCUCUCAAACUACCAUCAGCAUCUGUUUCUGCUGGUCAAGACUUUGAACUUCGUGUAAGGACAGAGCUAGCACAGCAAAUUAGGAAAAAUGCUUAUGUGUUGAAGAAAAUGUCACACUCCAUUCAGUCAUGUGCAGAUGAUGAUCUAGGCCUCUUGGCCAGAAGACUUAUUCACAGCAUGGAUUGCAUACCUGCUUUAAGCAGAUAUAGUAAUGCAAAAGACAUCUGGCCCUUCCUCCUUCAGGAUGCAGUAGUUCAAGCUGAAUUAUCAUAUGUAAUCUCCAAGAUUCAGUUGAAACAUGAUCUCAGACAAAGUGAAGACAUACAGCUGAGGCUGAAGGCUCUAGAGAUGGAGCACUCAAACUCCAUUGCUUCAUUGCAGAGCAAGCAUGCAGCUGAGCUGAAAAAGCAAAAGCAAGAACAGGAUUUAGAGUUAAAGAAAUUAAAAGGGGAGAUUGCAGAAUUUAAAAAAAUGGAUAUUUCACCAGGCAUUGGUGCUAGAACAACUCAUAUUCAAAUUGAGGGAGAACCAAUUGACUCAUUGGACAAAGCUAUUGAACUGCAGGACAUGGCAGCAAGGCAUAAGAAGGAGCUGCGAGAAGUGCGAGAAGCAUAUGAAGUAGAGGUAGAGAAAUUAAAAAGGGAGAUAGCAAGGGCAGGAGAGACAUUGAAAUUGAAAACUGAAGAAAAUGUGAAGGAAAUAGAUUCAUUGACUGUCUGCAUGGAAAACCUAAAGGAAAAGCAUGUUGAAGAGCUGAGGAGACAAGGGGAAGAAUUUAAGAUGGAGAAGAGAGAGCUAGAGCAAAGGUGUGCUAGGGUAAAAGAAGAGCUCUCACAAGAAAUCGAAGCUUUAAAAGAAUUGGACAUUGUAAGUGAUCUGCAGAGGUCCACUGAUCAAUAUAGAAAAACAGCAAGUGAGCCAUCUUCCGUGGCCUUGCUGAGAAAUCGCAUACAAGAACUGGAGUCCCAGAUAGAUGCCAUGAAAAAUAAGAGUGAAGCCGGCCCAACAGCUCUGCGGGAGAAAUAUGAAAAGGACUUGGAGAAUCUCAAGGCUACAUGUGAACGUGGGUUUUCUGCUAUGGAAGAAUCACAUCAGAAGGUAAUAGAAGAACUACACCGACAGCAUCAACGAGAGCUGGAGAACCUGCAGGAAGACAAAGAGCGACUGUUAGCUGAAGAGACAGCUGCCACCAUCUCUGCUAUUGAAGCAAUGAAGAAUGCACACCGCCUGGAACUUGACCGUGAACUGGAAAGGAUACGAAAAUCGCAAAGCAGCAAUGUAAAUGCAGAUCUUGAUGAAAUAUGCAAACAGCAUGAUGAGGAGCUGGCAUCAUUGCAGCGAGAAAUUGAGGUCUUGUCAGAGCAGUACUCCCAGAAAUGUCUAGAAAAUGCACAUUUGGCUCAGGCUUUGGAAGCAGAGCGACAGGCGUUAAGACAAUGUCAGCGUGAAAACCAGGAGCUAAAUGCACAUAAUCAGGAACUGAAUAAUCGUUUAGCUACAGAAAUAACCCGGCUGCGAACAAUGAUGACCAGUGACAGUGGAGGGGAUGUCACUGGCCUAUCACAAGGCAAAGAAGUAUAUGAAUUAGAGGUGUUGCUGCGGGUUAAAGAAUCGGAAAUACAGUACUUAAAACAGGAAAUUAAUUCCCUGAAAGAUGAACUGCAGACCGCUCAACGUGAUAAAAAAUAUGCCACAGACAAGUAUAAGGACAUCUACACAGAGCUCAGUAUCGUAAAGGCUAAAUCGGAACGUGAUGUAAACAGACUAAAAGAGCAGCUCCAACUGGCACAGGAAGCACUGGGGGAACAGCCCAUGGAUGAAACGGAGCACAGCAGAUAUGAUAUAAUGAAAUCAAAAAGCAAUCCAGAUAUCCUAAAGAUGGCAGCUGCAGCAAAACGAGCAGAUCGAACACUGAGAUCAAAGUCUGUGAGUAAAGCGCUGGCAUGGGACAGCUAGAGCUGCUUGAUGAUUGACACCUCCCCUUUAGAGCCUCAAAGAAGGACUUACUGUUCAACAGAGGUUUCACCUAUUUGAAAAUAAGGAGACAAAAGAAUUUUAAGAGCUUCUUUGCAUGUAUGAGACAAGCAUCGUGCCCCUGCAGAAAAUCGCAGCUCAAAGAUGACCUCUUGAUGUGAGCUUUGGGGUUGCUGCAGCUGUGAUAAACAAGCUGUAUUUAAAAAAAACACACACACACAUCCCCCACACACUUAAUUUCCCUUAGAUUAUUAUUGUAAAGUUCUAGCAUUUACUUUAAGCUCCAUGCACUGCAGAUGCUGCAAUUAGUUUUAUUGCAAUCUCUAACUGUAAAUACUACAUAGGGAUUAGCUUCUUUGUUUUGAUGUUUGGGGUUUCUGUUGUCCCUCAAAGUCUGUAAAGCUGAUUUAUAUACACUGCUGUAUAAGCUACUGUGUAAACAAGUGGGGAACCCUUUUUAGAAAAAAAGUAUGAAAGACACUACUUGUAUAUAACCACAAGAGAGGAAUGCUUGCGUAUUUUCAAUUUUGUUUAUUGGACUGGAAGUUGAAGCUUGAUCUGGAUGUUGAACAUUGGAGAAGGUACAAGUUAGAAACAGUGUCCCAUUUUACCAGUCUUCAAAAUACCCUCUCUUUCCCCCAUCCCUUCCCACACAAAGCAAAUCUUAUUAAAAUUCUCUCAACCUUCCAUAAUAAUUCGGUUUUGCGUUUUUUUUGUAAGCCCAUUAACAAGGGCUGUAACUAAACUUUGGAACUUUUAAAACUUUUUUUAGAUAAGGUUGGCAGUGGUUUUGAAGCUUUAUUCAUUUUGAUACUGUUCAUGCCGUUUCUACAGCUGCUAGUGAGGAACAUAUAUCUGUACUAAAGUGACUCUGUGGACUGAAUUUUAAAGGAACUACCAGAGUAUGACAAGUAUAAACAACUUGUACUGUUAAUCUUUCAUUGACACUAACCUAUAUUCAGAUUUUGAACCAAAAGCCUAACUAAUCUAUCUUUUGGUGAGCACUUGUUAUUCCUUGUUGUUCUGGCACUGUUGAUUUUUAUGCACAGGAACGAGUACACCAGGACCUAUAUUGCAUUUUGUGUAUUAAUCAAAAGACUUUUUGUAAAGUUAAAGUGAAGUAAUGGCAGUGACCACCGGAUGACAGUGGGCAGGUGAAAACAAGAUUGUAACCUGACUAUUUGUGCUGUUACAAGUUAAUGUUGUAGGAAAAACACAAAAGAAAAGGACCUCUUCAAAUUCACCUUUUAACAGCAGCCAAUGCUUCAAAGAAGAAUCCGCUGCAGAUAAAAUGCAAAUAACUGUGCUGAUUUACAUGGUACUAAUGGCAUGUUGUUUAAGUAAAUGUGCUUAUGCUGCCUUGAAAACGACAGGCCGGAAUGAUGUGAAGGAGUGUGUUUGUGUCGUUUUGAUUGAUAGUUUCAUAUUCCAGUCUCGCUAGCCCACCAAAGGGAUACUGUUUCUCAGAAAAUAAAAAAAAUCAAUAAACUGUAGGAUCUGGAAAUGUUGGUACUUUUCUUUUCCCCCUUAUGUGCAGAAAGGGUGUCAUCUUGCUGUAUGGGAGAGAGGGGGGAUAUUGGUAGCUUUGUUGCUUCUGCCAGUGGCAGGCCCCUGUAUUUAUUUAAAUGUGCUGAAUUUGCUCCCCUUCCCAGUAAUAAAAACUGCUGUCUGUGAUUGUAAAUACACAGUAAAUACCACACCACCUAACUUUGCAUAUGUUAGCAAUAAAAUAUUUUUGCACCAGG